AGGAAAUAGAACCUCGUAGUUUAGGCUUCCAUGUGUCAGGGGUACAAGCGAAGGCACCCAGAUUUGAUCCAGGAGAAAGGCUCUAAGCGAAGUAGAUCCGCUCUUGCAAGUAUGUACCUAAGUAGUCCCACAAGGCUGUUCAGGGCCUCGUCAAAGUGUCGUCUCUUUUGGCCUGUGUUCACCGGAUGUUGUACAAAUUCGGUCAGAGUAUCGCUAAUAGUAGAUACGAACCGAGAAGAACCCCCCUAGCCAAGGCUUCAAGGC